AUGGCCCCCCGAGGUGCCCCGCCCAAGCACGUGUCCAGCAUGUCUGACCCGGAGCCCUCCCCGGAGGAUGAGGAGCUCAAAUUUCGCCUACAUCCUGAUGCAUCGCCCCUUCAACGGAGACUCACUGAGAUCCUCCAACAGCGGCUGCACGUGCCCGACAUCGUGCUCCUGAUUUUGUUCUCUGUCCGGCCCCGUGUGUGGGCUAUGCUGGUCCUGUGGUUUGCACUGUCCCCAGUGAUGGCCAGGAUGGACCUGGGGCCAGUGUACAUCCUGGGCACCCUGUUUGCGGUGAUGCUGUGCAACCUGGGGCAGCGCAAGGAGGGCGAGGCCAGCGCAUACACGUGGUUCAACAACUUUCAGCCCCUGCCGGGCAACCUGAAUGCUGACAUGAUCGACAACCAGCUUAGGCGGGGUCAGAUGUAG